AUUAAUCAUUGGUUUAAAAAUAGCACUUACAUGUUUUUCAGGCACCUACCCGCUUGUGACCCAAUACUAACUUGUCAUCUGAUCAAACAUGACUAAAAUUGAAUAGGAAACGAAUGAUUCGUCAUGCCGGCAGACAAUAGAGGAGAUUUACAACACAGUUUCAAAGACUUAUACGUCGAUUUUGCUGCUGGACGGAUACGACAGGGAUGGAAUGGAUUUGUAGAGAAUUAUCGACGUCGGAGGUUUGGAGCGGAUUGGGAGCAGCGUCAGGUCGGUCAACGGGAGUGCUUUUUUAUGGCAGUUGGGAUUUUCAUUGGCCUAAUUAUCCUGAUGUGCGUGUUCUUCUUUAUAAAUUUGAUUGACGCUCUUGACCAUUCAUUCUCUGAAAAUGGACCAUUUAAGGAAUUAUGCGCUGUGAAAACCAUAACGAAAAAGCUCAGCGGGAAAUGACGUUUUUAUUUCAAUUUUAAUGUAAAGUGUCCACACAUUGUCAGCUACAUACGCCAUUGUAUUAAUCGUUAGUCUGAUAAAUAGUAGUCAUUGUUUUAUAUGGUAGCUUGUAUAACUUUCAAUUAUUUGUUAAGAGUGUAAUGUCACUUUAUGACGGCUGACUGGUGCGAAGGAUGUCCGCUUUGGAUGAGACAGGUCGCUUAAAUUCGAGCCCCAGCGCGGGCAGGAUACAUGUAUCUUCCCACAUUCAUUUCGCCUUGUUGAAGACAAACACAUAUUUUUGCAAUAUGAAACUUGUAUUUGCACACAGGGUACGUCUUAAAUUGAAAAUAAGAAAAUUAGAAUAAAGAUCCAACAUCUAA